GUCCCGGCAAUCUCGGCUUGCGGAGGAUGCUCACCAGAACCCCGGGUGUUGUUGCCCAAGUGUUCCUUCUUCUAAGCAUAGUCCUUGUUAUUGCUAUUGCAGUGAUUCAGAUCAAUCAGCAACAGAUCCUCUCCCCAGGGCUUAAGUAUGGAAUAGUCCUUGAUGCUGGAUCCUCUCGGACUACAGUUUAUGUCUAUGAGUGGCCGGCGGAAAAAGAGAACAACACAGGAGUAGUGAGCCAAACCUUCAAGUGUAUUGUGAAAGGCCCUGGUAUAUCCAGCUAUGAGAGCAGCCCUGGAGCUCUUGCCAAGCCUCUUGAUGACUGUCUGAAUAAAGUCAAGGAGAGAAUACCAGUCCAUCUGCAUAAAAACACUUCUGUUUAUCUGGGGGCUACAGCUGGCAUGAGACUGCUGAGGUUGCAAAAUGAAUCGGCAGCCAAUGAAGUCCUUGCAAGCAUUCACAGCUACUUCAGAGCACAGCCUUUUGAAUUUAGGGGUGCACAGAUCAUAACCGGGCCAGAGGAAGGGCUGUAUGGAUGGAUAACGGCCAACUAUUUAAUGGGAAAUUUCUUAGAGAGAAACCUCUGGAGGACAUGGGUCCAUCCUUACAGAAAAGAGACUAUGGGUGCACUGGACCUUGGAGGAGCUUCCACUCAAAUUUCAUUUAUCCCUGAGGACCCUGAGGAGCACUUCAAUAGCACCUUGCAAGUGAAGUUGUAUGGUUACAACUACAAUGUCUACACUCACAGCUACCAGUGCUAUGGGAGAGAUGAAGCUGAGAAAAGGCUUUUAGCAUUGCUGCUCCAGAAAUCAAACACCAGUGCCAGUGUGGAUAAUCCCUGUUACCCUCAAAACUAUAACACAGCAUUAACGAUGAAGUACUUCCUUGGCAGCCUUUGUACACAGUCCCUGAGACCAGCAAAUUACUACCCAAACCAGCUUGUGAAUUUCCAUGGAACAGGAGACCCAGGUCUGUGCCAGGAGAUGGUUUCUUUAUUGUUUAACUUCACUGCUUGCAGAGACAGAGAGGACUGUCCAUUUAAUGGAAUACAUCAGCCAAAAGCAAAAGGGAAUUUUGUGGCUUUCUCUGGAUUCUACUAUACAAUUAAUGCUUUGAAUUUAUCUGGGCACUUUUCCCUAGAUGACUUCAAUUCAAGUAUGUGGUUUUUCUGUUCACAGAGCUGGGCACAGCUCCCGUUUAUGCUGCCUAAAUUUGAAGAAAUAUAUGCUAGAUCCUACUGUUUCUCAGCCAAUUUCAUUUAUUACUUGCUUGUACAUGGUUACAACUUCAAUGCAGAAACUUGGCCACAGAUACAUUUUCAAAAGGAGGUUGGUAACAGCAGUAUAGCGUGGUCACUCGGUUACAUGUUAAGCCUCACCAACAUGAUUCCAGCAGAAGGAAAGCUGAUCCAGUUGCCUCUGAAACCUUCCCUGUUUGCUGGGCUCCUCGUCUUCCUCACAGCUAUGGCGCUGCUGUGUCUCCUCUUCCUCGUCUACUUGUGUAUUGUAUCGCACCAUCGGAAGAACGUCCCUCGUGUUGAACAUGUAUUUAUUCCAGAAUGAAUGAACUUGG